AUGGUGGAAGAUGAUCAUCAUAAAGUGGUAGUGGCUGAUGGUGUGGCUUACGUAGCAGGAAAAGCUAGGGCAGGAGCUCUGUAUGACGCGAUCCUAAUCGACGCAUGCCGAUCCGAACAUCCGGGGGAUAUCAAUUGUCCGUUGGAAGUAUUCUAUAGCAAUCAGGUUCUAAAUGAUGCUGCUAAGCUGCUCACUCCAGGAGGUAUGCUAUUUUCUGGUGGACAGAGACAAUGGGAUUCGCUGACUCAGCACAAGUUUUGA